AUGGCGUCCGCAAGUAGUGACAGAGUCCCAAAGCGAAUCCUCAUUGAUGUUUCGCCAUUUAGUGACUACCGAGACGAAGCUUUUGAUGACCCAGACAAAGUGAUUGAUAUUGCUUUAUCUCUUUUGAAGCGAAAAGGCCUGAUUCCGGCUGAAACCCAAAACAACCAGUCAGACGUGAAGCUGGUUAUAAAGUUGAUCUCUCGCUACGACACCAAGGUUAUAUUCGACCUGUUUCACGACACCUUCGAUGCCGCGCGCGCCCAUCUAUACGGCCAAGACCCUCCCGUUUGCAUCGUCUCGAUGCGUCACGGGAAGAGGGAGAAGGCAUACCCCGCUAACCGUUCCCAAGAGCUCAAGGUCGACUUCGAGAUUAGGUUCCUCCAUAAUCGCUACGGAACUGGGUGUAAGCCUCCCUUCAGCGAGGACUCACGCCAAGGCUCUGUGUGGUCGAUCCCUUCAAGGAUUUCCGCGAUUAUGCCGAGUACCACGCUCAGAUACAAGACAUGA